AAAAAUUUUUUAUUGUUUUUUGCAUUAAAUUGCAACCAAUUAGUUUGUGAUCGUUUUUUUGUUGAUCUUGUUGAAUGAAAUUCAAAAAUAAAUCCAAGUGAAUGAUAAAUAAAUUUGAAAUUCGAAUCGUGGGAACUCAAAACACAACUAACGAGGAUUUUCGGAAUUUGGAGGUAUCUUUGGAGAAACAUCGAUCUAAUGCAGUCUAAUGACUAAACACGAUCAAUGGUCUCUCCACACAAUUGCACCGCCGCCCCCACGUGAAAAUCCAUCAUCGAGUGUUUCUGUGUGUGUUUUUAAAGAGUAAAAUAGCAAAAUCGAAAAAAUGCAAGCAAGCAAUUGAAGCAAAAUCAAUCAGAAAAUAAACGAUUUGCAGUGAAGUUUCCGCUCUAGCAUAAUUCUAUCUCAAAAAUAUGUGUGCAAGUGAAGCAAAAAAGAUAAAUGCAUAAGGCGUACUAAAGCGCUGUGUCUCUUGUGUUUGGGAGGAGCGCGCCCCAUCCCAACAAAAAAAAAAAUAAUGCGCCUCCCUAAUCGCUGGCAUACGGUGAAAUAUGCUCAAUAGAUUCGUGAGUUUUGUCGAAACAUGGUACGCGACAGUAGCCGUAACAUUUGUUUUGGAAAAUUAGCCGAAACUACGCAGCAGCAUCAACAACAAAUAGCCGUGGAUAGUAGCAGCACCACCAAUAACAACAACAACAACAACAAUAAUAAUAAUAACCAAAAAUUAAAAAGGUCUACAGAGGAACCACCGACAAAUAGCUUCGAAAGGAACUACUACGAUCGCAGUCGCCUAGUCUAUCAAGCCGCCAGCGCAGUACCCGCAGCAGCAGCAGCAACAACAACAACAACUGUUAACAACAAUAAUAACAAUAACAAUAAUAAUAGUGAACGAUCACGCGCAAGAGAUCGCCUAUAUAGGAAUGGUUCAGCAGCAGCAGCAGCCACAACCACAACGGCGGCAGCAACAACAACAGCAACAACAGCAGUUGGUGUCAGCAGUAGCAACAGCAACACGACGACAGCAACGACGGCAGCCACAACGGCUACGGCUGGAGCAGCGCCAGUGCCGCCACAAGCGUUGGGCGAUCGCAGCAACAACAACAACAUUAACCAAAACACACGCGUAUCGCAGUCAUGGUACGAAGUUGCUGCUGCGGCGACAGCGCAUCUAAAGAGUCCUGGUGGUGGCACUGGCAAUGUUGUUGCACCAGCAGCAGCAGCAGCGACAGUUGGUGGCAGCAUAAUGAGCUCAACCAACAGCAGCAACAAUCAUUCACAGCAGCAGCAGCAACACCACUACAACAACACCAACAGCAGCAGCAGCAGCUCUGCUGCCAGCAGCAACAGCAACAACAACACAUCCGCCUCGUACUCAUCACCCGCCCACACGCAUCAAGCGCAAGGCGGCGGCGGCACCACCGCCAUGCAUCGCAGCGUCGCUUAUGCUGGCAGCGCUGCGGAUGAGUCGCCGCCCUUAAAUUGUGCACGCAAAUUGCUGUUGCAACAAGAUCGUAAUAUGGCUGGCGUAAGCAAGUUAAAUAAGCUGCUCAAUGCGUCGGCAGCAGCAGCGGCAGAAGCAGCAACAAGCUGCGGCUCCGAGUCGCCAGGAGCGCAGGUGAUGGUGGCGACGGCGACGCCGGAGACGACGACGGCAACAACAACAACAAGUACAAUCACAAACCAUAGUUUUAGUAGUAAUAGUUUAAAUAAUACAAUAAACACGGCCACUCCAACGAUGCCAAUUGCAGCAACAGAAACAACAACAACAACCGAAGCAGUAGCAGCAGCAGCAGAAACAACAACAACAACAGCAGCGGCAGCGGCAGCUGAAACAACAGAAGCAGCAGCAACGCCUACAAUAGGCAGCGGCAGUGGUGAUAUUCUAAAUAUGGCUGCUGCACUUGCUGCCGCUGUGGACAACGGCAAUGGCAGUAGUAGUAGUAGUUGCCAUGGCCAAGCCAUGGUGCGAGCGCCGCGUCAUCAUCUGCAUGGACGCAGCACAACAUCGUCGAGUCGCUCGCAUUCGCGUUCGCCGAGCAGCUACAGCAGCUCGCAUAGCUCAUCCAGCUCGCACUCCUCAUCGCAUUCGCACGCGUCCAGCCCCGUAUCGGGCAAUUGUGCGGAUGCGACAACAUCCCGCAGCUCACGCAGUCUACAGUCGUGCGCAGCAGCAGCAGCCGCGGCGGUGGCAGCUGGCAGCAGCGCUGUUAAUCCCAGUGGUGGUGGAGGUGGUGGUGGCGGCUCAUCGUCAUCGAGCAGCUGCUCCACGAGCAGCAUAUCGAGCGCUACAUGUCUGACGGCCAAUCCGGUGGUGCAUUCCGAAGACAAUCGGCCGCUGGCGAUACGAGUACGCAACCUGCCCGCACGUUCCUCGGACACAUCUCUCAAGGAUGGUCUCUUUCACGAGUACAAAAAGCACGGCAAGGUCACGUGGGUCAAGGUGGUGGGACAGAACUCGGAGCGCUAUGCGCUCGUCUGUUUCAAGAAGCCCGACGACGUGGAGAAGGCGCUCGAAGUUUCGCAUGACAAGCACUUCUUUGGCUGCAAGAUUGAGGUGGAGCCCUACCAGGGCUACGAUGUCGAGGACAAUGAGUUUCGCCCCUACGAAGCUGAGCUGGAUGAGUAUCAUCCCAAGUCGACGCGCACGCUCUUCAUUGGCAAUCUGGAGAAGGACAUAACGUCGAGUGAGCUGCGCGUGCAUUUCGAGCCCUUUGGCGAGAUCAUUGAGAUCGACAUCAAGAAGCAGGGACUCAAUGCCUAUGCCUUUUGUCAGUAUUCCGAUAUUGUGUCCGUGGUGAAGGCCAUGCGCAAAAUGGAUGGCGAGCAUCUGGGUAGCAAUCGCAUCAAGUUGGGCUUUGGCAAAUCGAUGCCAACGAAUUGUGUUUGGAUCGACGGCGUUGGCGAGAAGGUCUCGGAGUCGUUUCUGCAAUCGCAGUUCACACGCUUCGGCACUGUGACCAAAGUCAGCAUCGAUCGCAGUCGACAAUUGGCUUUGGUGCUCUACGAUCAGGUGCAGAAUGCUCAGGCGGCAGUCAAGGAUAUGCGUGGCACGCUAAUGCGCGGCCGGCGACUCCAAGUGGACUUUGCUUCGCGUGAAUGUCAGGAUGCGUUCCACGAUAAGCAGGAGAAGCAACAGAAGCAGGCAGCCGCUGCCUCUUCACGCUUCAAUCGUUACGAGUCGUCGCAGUCACGUUCACGAGCCUCCUCAUUCAGUCGGCAUCAGAACAGCAACGAUGGCUGCUCCUCAGGCGGCAAUACGCCCAGUGCUGCGCCCAGCAGCGGCAACAGCACACCCAGCAGCACCGCAAUGCCAGCGCCCAGCACUAGCUCCACCACCAGCUCCACAGCGACAAGCAGCAGCACUUGCAACACUAGCAGCAGCAACAGCAGCGGCAGCAUUGCUGCUGUCACUACUCAAAGCAAUAUGCCAAUGUCGCCGGCAGCUUUGGUGCAGGCAAAGCAGCGCAUGGCGCGCAAUACGCGCGACUUUGACUUCAAUGAUGUGGCAACGACGGGUCGACGCUUUCGCAGCAUUGAGGAGUGCAACAGUCAGACGCCGCAGGAGGAGAUGGCAUCGCCCACAUCCUUGCGCUGCGACUCGCCAGUUGUAGCACGCCAAGGCCCAUCGACGCCCACCAGCAGUGAUCCGCUCGAGCUGCUGCAUAACAACAACAACAUCAACAACAGCAGCAGAAGCAGCAGCAUCGAUGGCAUUCCUGUUGGCACCAGUGGAUUGAUGCGUCGUCGUAGUGCAAAGCCCUCAAUGCAUGCAGCGCGCUAUGGAAUGUCUGUGGAGUCAGUGACGUUGGAUGAAUGCCCGUCCAGUGGUGAUGAGGGCAUGGUUAGUCCGCGCAAGCGCAUUAAAAUGGAUUACCAUCAUCAUCACCCCUACAAUCAUCAUGCCAAUGCCAAUGCGAGUGGCUUGGAUUCAAGCGACGGUGGCUAUAGCAAGCCCAGCUUUCCAAGCCCGCGCUCCAACUGUGAUGUUGAUCCUUUCAAUCGCAAGAGCGAUUUACGUCGCGCCUCCGAUGCCAAAUUCAAUGCAAUUGCGCCACCGCCGCCUUCAUCGCAGCAUCAUAGCAUGAUGAUCAGCUGUCGUCGCCCCUCGAUCGAUGUUGGCGCGCUGUCGGCGCUGUCCAGUUCCUCUGCCUUUCGGCAUGGUCUGGUCGGUGCCAGCAGCAUGGACCAGCAGCAUCUGUUGAACGCUUCGCUGGCAGCCAAGCGACGUCGCGUCAACGACAGUCGCUCGCAGUCGCUGCAGUCGAACUCGAGCAGCAGCAUUGCCAGUUUGGCCUCAUUGGCCGCACCCACGCCCAACGAUGACUAUCAUCAUCAUGCCUCGCGUGGUCGUGGCCAUCAGCUACAUUCCCAUCACUCGCACGAGGCCAGCGGUGGCGAAAGCGCCGACGGCUCGCGACCCGGCACGCCGCUCUGCGACGAGCGGCCCGAAGUGCUGCCCUCCGAUCCGCGUCGUAUGCCGCCACGCAACGAGCCGCGUGUGCUCAUGUGGAUGCCGUUGCCCAAGUAUGGCAUACAGUUCUUCAAAGAGCCACACAGUCCAAUUACCAGCAGCAGCUGCAAUCUCGGCGUUGGCAGCUACCUCCAGCAGCUCAGCUCAACAUCGGCAACGCUGCUGUCCGGCGACGGCGACAGAAGAAGCAGCAGCAGCAACAACAACAACAACAACUCUAGUCUCAGUGGCUCCGGCUCGAACGAUUUGGGCAGCAGCCGCGGUGGCGGCGGCAAUGGCAGCAGCUCCGGCUUCUUACCCAGUCCCUCCUCGCGCUAUUGGCGUUCCAAUCAUCAUAACAACAACAAUCACCAGCAGCAGCAGCAGCAACAGUCACAUCAUUCACAGCAGUCACGAGAGCCGAAGGAACGCGAGCAGUCCAUCUCAAUUAGUCUCAUGGGCAGUCCAGUGCGUCCGCGCUCGCUUAGCUCCAACUCCAGCGACUCGGAUGUGCCCAGCGGCCAAGCAGGCGGCAGUCCGUCGCUGGAUGAGCGUCUGCGCAACUUCGAGGAGAACUACGAGCGCUGGAGCGGCGGCGGCAGCAGCAGCAGCGCCACACAGCCCAGCCAUGGACAUGGCCAUGGCCACUCGAGCACGCCCAGCUGGCAGCUUGGCAUGCACAGCUCCAAUCUCAGUGGCGCCGCGCAUCAGGCGCGCUCCGGCGACAGCAACAGCUCCAGCGGCACUGUCUGCAGCACCACCAGCAAUUCACGCCACAAGUUCCUGGACAUUGAUGAGCUGCAGCCAUCGGAUAUAGUCAAGUCGCUGUUGGCCAAGAAGUCCGUCUUCGACGACGACUUUCAGCGCCUGAAGAAGAACCAAUGGUACGAGCCCGCCAGCAAUGAGUUCGGCGCCAACUCCACAGUGGCCAAUGCGCGCUUCGGUGGCAGCGGCAACACCUCACCCGCUUUGCCGAAUCUGGCUGCUGCCAAGACUACGCCCAUCAUAGGCAACUGUAUGAGCAGCGCCAGCGGCGGCAGCAGCAGCAGCAAUGCUAUUGCUGUCGGCAGCAAGAGCAGCAGCAGCAGCAGCGGCUUGCUGCAACGUCUGAGCAGCUUGUCGCCCAUGAACUCGCCGCAUGCUUCAAUCUCGCCCUACAACAGCCCAUCGCCCUCGCCGUCGGUGGUGAAUGCAGCUUGCAAAAGCGGCAGCGCCAGCAGCAGCAUUGGCCUAACAGCGGCAACACUCUCGGCCAGCACAGCAGCAAUAGCGGGCGCAUCAGCAGCAGUAGGAGCAGCAGCAAGUUGCCCCAAAGGGCUGCAAUAUCCGUUUCCCAGUCACCCGCCUCUGCCGAAUACCGCAGCGCCCGCGCCAGCACCGCCACCACCACCGGAAUCGCCCAAGCUUAAGGCACCGCCGUCAGCAACAGUCACAUCAGCAACAGCAACCACGCCUGCACAGCAGCAACCACUUAGCAAAAGUCUUAGUGUGCCCGCUGCCAGCAGCAGUGAGUCGCGCGCUGCGCUGCAGAAAUCUGCAUCGGUGCCGGGCCAUUCCAAUCCCCACUCCAAACCCAACAGCAGUAGCUCAGCUGCUAACGGUACUAGUUCCUCAACAACAUCAAUAACAAAAACAUCAACAGCUGCAACAGCAGCCACAAAGACUUCAACAACAUCCACAAAGACGUCAGCAACAUCUACAAAGUCUACGCCGGAUGAGCCUGAAACGAAGUCAAGCUCCAAGCCUGCUACGAGCAGCAGCAGUUCCAAAUCCAAGUCCAGCUCCAGUGAUAAGUCGCAUAGUUCGAGCUCGCGGCACAACAGUCGCUCGGAUAGUGAAAAGAAAUCCAAGCGCAGCUCAUCGGAGAAGCGCAAGAAUUCCAACACCUCGGUAUCCUCCAAGUCGCCCAAGGCCACGCCCAAGGUGGAAGAUGGCAGCAGCGACUCUGAUACGGAGAAACGUGAGAAGGAGCGUGAAAAGGAGAAGGCAGCGCUGAAGGAGCGACAAGAGCGUGAGCGACGUGAGAAGGAAUCGCGCAAGCAGCAAGAGCGUGAGGAGAAGGAGAAAGAGCGAAAAGCGCAAGAGGAGCGCGAGCGUGAAGAGCGCAAAGCCAAAGAGGAGAAGGAAAAGGAACGAGAGCGCGAGCGUGAAGAGCGUGAGAAGGAGAAGCGGGAGAAAGAGCAGCGUGAGAAAGAGAAGCGUGAGCAAGAGCAGCAACGUGAGAAGGAGAAACGAGAGCAAGAGCAGCGAGAACAGGAAUCACGACUUGCUCGCAUGCGAGAUCUCUCAGUUUAUCACAAGAACAAAGCCGAUGCGAGCAGCGAGGCCAGCAGCUUCUACGCCCACAAUGCCACGCCCCAAACCCCGAACGCCUCCAACAGCGACAGCGAGCGGCAGCAUAACAAAGAAAAUGCGGUCACCACAGCAACAGUCGCAGCCACAACUGCAGCAGCGUCAGCAAUCAGCGCGCCAACAGCAACAGUUGCUGACGUCAAACACAGCAACAACAGCAGCAACAGCAGAGGCAACAGCAAAGAGCGAUCUCGCAAAUCCUCACGAGCAACGCCGCCGCGUCAUCACAACAAGCGUCGCCUGAGCUCACAGGAAAGCAAUCACAGCAGCAGCGGCAAUACGCAGCAGCAGCAGCAACAUCAGCAGCAGCAGCAGCAUGAGGAUUAUGUAAAGCGUUUGCGUCUGGACGGCAGCAGCAGCGGUCACGCUCACAGCAACAGUCACAGCAGCAGCAGCAGCCACAAUCACAGCAACAGCCACAGUCACAGCAACAGCCAUAGCCAUGGCCACAGCAAUAGCCAUGCGCAUGGCCAUAGCAGCAGCAGCAACAAUCAUCAUCGCAGCAAUAUGGGCGAUCGACGUGACUCCAAGGAGCACAAAAGCAGCUGCAGCAGUGGCGGUGGCAAGGAUGAGAAGAGCAGCUCAAAGUCCAGCUCCUCGCAUCACGGCAGCAGCUCCAGGCAUCAUCGGCGUGACAAGCAUCACAGCAAAGGCAGCAGCGAUGCAACGACAACAACAACAACUGCAGCAGCAACCACAACUACGACAACAACAGCAACAGCUGCAACACCAACAGCUAAGACAGUGGAAACAGCAGCAACAGUUGCUGUCAAACAGCCACAGCAACCACAACCAAUGCAGACAAGCGAAGAAGAGCAACAGCAGCCCACAGAGCAGCAGCAGCAGCACUCCACACACAAAUCUUCAUCCUCUUCCCAGCGAGACCAUCAUCAUCAUGGCAGCAGCUCGAGCUCAUCGCGUCAUCGCAGCAAACGCGAUCGUGAUCAUCAUCAGCGCGAGAAGAAGCGUCACUCAGUGGCGGAGUCUACCAAGUCCACGGAUGAGGAGCCCAGCCACAAUACGCAUAGACGCAGCUCAGCUGGCGAAUUGGCGAAUCACAAGACGCCACAGCAGCAACAGUUGCAGCAGCACCAGCAGCAACAUCGACGCAGCAUUGAGCGCAAAUCGUCACGCGGCUCGGAUGAGCGCAAGUCGUCGCGUGGCUCAGAUGGACGCAAGUCCUCACGUGGCUCAGAUGGACGCAAAUCCUCACGCGGUUCGGAUGGACGCAAAUCGUCACGCGGUUCGGAUGAGGGCAAAUCACUGCGCCGGCUUAUGCUGAGCUCCGCCGACUCGGACGACACCGAUGAUCUCUCCAAGAAGCAUUCAAUCUUCGAUAUACCCGACGACGAUGUGCAUGUGUCCAUGUACGACAAGGUCAAGGCGCGCAGCUGCAAGAACAUGCAGCGCCAGGCGGAGGAGAAGAAGAUCAAGGCCAAGUUCUCGCAGCUGAAGCAGUCGCGCGCCAAGAAGAAGCGCAGCCUGAGCUACGACGGCGACAGCGACACCGAGUUCGAGGAUCGGCUGCAUCAUAUGCAUCGCAACAGCAGCAGCUAUCGCGGCUUGAGCAGCUCCGAUGAGGAUACCGAUGGGCAUUAUCGCAAGCUGCCGCACAGUCGCAUCUUCUCCGACUCUGAUGCGGAUGUGGAUGAGGAGCAGGCGGCCGUGAACGCCGCCGCUGCGUUGCAAGCAAGUCGCAUGCGUCAGCAGCUGCGUCGCCUGUGCGAUGAUGAUGGCGACGAUAGCUCCGAGGAUGAGAUCCGGCGUGUAAUGGGACCAAUGCGUCUAAUGAAGCGCAAUUCCCACUCGACGCGCAUUGCCUCCGACUCGGAGUCGCAAUCUCAGCCAGCAGCGCCUGAUCAGCAGCAGCAGCAACAGCAGACGCAGCAAGAGUCGCCGCUGGUGAAGCAGGAGCCACCAGAAGUCAAGCAGGAGCAGCACUCGGAUGCGGAUGCGGAUAUGGAGCUGCCACAGCCACAAAAGCAAGAGCAGCAACCAGCAGCAGCAGCAGAAAAACAUGAACUGGAGCUCAAGUCGCGUCAUGAUUCGCAUUCGUCCACAGACGAGCGCAAGCCCAAGAGCGAGUUCAAGCAGGAGUUCAAGGAGUAUUUCAAUAACAGCUACAGCUUUGCCGAGCAGCGAGAGACGCCGCCAGCCAAGCUCAAGGAGUACUCGCCAGAGUCGCGCAAGAAGCACAAGAAGAGCAAGCGACGCCCCAAGACGCCCGAAGCGGAGGAAAUCAGAGCGAGUUCUCCGCUGCCCGAGCUCAACUCCAAGCCCGGCUUUGAUUUGCUCAAGACGGAGCCAGCGCCGCCAACGCCCACUGUGCCUGCUCUGGAGUCGCCCACUGUGUUGCCUGUGUGCAGCACCGAGCGACGCAAGCACAAGGAGCGCAAGGAGAAGAAGCGCGACAAGCUGCGCUUAAGCGAAGCCAACAACGCCGCCGGCUCUGUGGAUCAGCUGAGCAGCGAAAAGCUGUCCAAGGAGGAGCGUCAUCGGUUGAAGAAGUCCAAGAAAUCGAAAAGUCUGGACAACUCAACGCGUUUCAGCAGCAACACGCUGCCAGCGACGCCUGCAACACCAACAGUCAAGCGCAGCGAGGACAAAAUGGAGGACAUAUUUGGCAUUAUCUCCGACGAGGAGGAGGAAGAGGAGGAGCCACAGCAGCUGGAUGAGCAGCAGCUGGAUGCCAAGCUGCCUGCAAUUGGCAGCGGCAGCAGCAGCAGCAGCAACAACAACAGCGGUCCGAUGGUCUCAGCAGCGUUGCAAAACUUUAAGCAGGAUGCCAGCAAGGAGCAGCAGGACGAGCUGGAGCAGGAGCGCAGCGAACGCGAGCGUCAUCGCAAGGAGAAGCGCGAGAAGAAGCGACGCGAGAAAAAUGCACGCGAGCAACAGUUGCAGCAGCAGCAGAAAGAGCAGCAGCAGCAGCAACAAGCGGCCAGCAAACUGGACGAUGACAACAGCGUGGACAUGGACGAGGCGGGUCGUGCGCUGGAGGCGCAGCUUAUGGAUGACAAUGAAGACGCAACGCCCUCGACAGCAACAACCUAUCGCAGCGACAUGACCGAUGUGUUCCGCUUCUCCGACAACGAAGACAAUGGCAAUGCAGUGGAGCAGCCGCCGCCGCAGCAGAGCAGCGAAAAGGCUGAGAAGGAAAGCUGCUCCACACACAAGAGCAGAGACAAAAAGAAGAAGAAGAAGCGCUCCAAGGAGGAACGCCAAGAGAAGCAGCAGCAGCAACAGCAACAGUUGCAGCAGCGACGCGAGAGCUGCACUGUGCCCAUUCCCAUGCAGCUGUCACCCAAAGGCUUGUCCGUCAACUUGCUCAACAUCAACAUACAAUCGGCCUCCAAGCAUCCCGAAUAUCAGGAGAAGAAGCAACAAAAUCUAUGCAAACCUUCACCCAGUCUGCCCUGUUUGCUUGGCGACGAUGAUGAGGUGCCCUCGUUGCCCAUUAAGCUGCCACUAACGCUGCCAGUGACGCUGCCGUUGCCGCCCAGCAUGACCAUCAGCAACAAUCGCUUGAUACCAAUCGCCAAAGCGGAGACGCCUUCGCCAGCGCGUGAGAAUUCGCGGCUGAUUAGUCCCAUACCCAAGACACCAACCACAGGUCAAAGUCAAGCUGCGACUGACACGCCCGUGAGCAGCAAGAGCAGCAGCAUUGCGCCACUGGUGACCACACCCACCUCCUCCACCUCAGCAGCAGCAGCAGCAGCCGCCGCCGCCACAGCUGACAACAACAACUCGCCCACGGCUGGAAAGAAGAAGGAAAUUUUCAUACCCGGCUUCGAUGGCAAACUGGAUGACAAGAUCAGCGAGUCCGCUGUGCAGUCCAUUGCUGUGGAGCUGCAGAGCAACAGUCUGCUUAGCGACGAGCCCAAGAUACCAGUGGCCUCACCACCAGCCGCGCUCAAAGUGCACGAAAAACUGGAGGACAGCAAAUCGCGCGUGACCAUUUCGCAGGAGGAGACCGAGAGCGCAGUCUCUGCGCUGCUGGGCGAAAGCUUUGGCACUUCCUCCACUGCGGAUUACUCGCUGGACGGCAUGGAUGACAUGUCGAGUGUAAGCGCCAGCGCUAGCGAGGCUGUUGUCUCUGAGCCCGACGAGGAAGCAGCGCUGGCCGCCAAGGCAAUCGAAGCAGCAGUCGCUGAGAUUGCCGAUCCAGAGCCAGAAACUGAUGCUGAACCGGAGCCGGAGCAGCGUGAUGAUAGCCCAGCAAUAACUUCGUUGAUUGUCAGUCUGCCGCUGGAUGAGGAGCUCAACAAGGCGGUGCAGAGUCUGCGGCAUGAGGAUCUGGACAUCAAGGCGGAUACGCCGCAGUCAGAGCGUGACUUGCAAAUCGAUACGGACACGGAGGAGACGCCCGACGAGGCAGACAGCAGUGGUCCCAGUCUAAAGAUAGACGAGCAGUCCGAAAAGUCCGAAGACAGCAAAUCGCCAGCGCUGCCAGAGAGGCAAACGCCGGAGCCCACACCAGCAGCAGCAGCAGCGGCAACAACAGCAGCAGCAGCAGCAGCAAUGCAACCCACAGUCAUAACCAAGCUGCCAGCAACGCCGCCAACAACAACAACAGCAACAGUUACGCUCAACUCUACGCUUGCCAAGAUAGAACCACCAACUAUAAGCAAACUGUUGCAGCCGCUGGUGCAACCUGUGCAAACUCUGCUGCCGGCGCCGCAUUCGCCGCUAGCAGCAGCAGCAACUGUUGCCAGUCGUCCAGCCACGCCCGUCAUCAAUCUGGAUCUGUCCAAUGUGAUGACCAACAGCAGCAGCUUCAACAGUCCCAGCAGCAGUGCACAGAAGUCGUCCAUGCCGCUGGCCUCAACGCCCAAGCAAGCGACAGCAGCAGCAGCAGCAACACCAAUGGCACAGCAGCAACCACUGACGCCACAGCGCACACAGACGUUGAUAAUGCAGCCACCCACCAUUUCCAUACCAGAGCAGCCGCCGCAUUUCGUUGUGCCGCAUCUCAUAUUGUCGCCACACCAGCAGCAGCAGCAACAGUUGCCGGCGGGCGCAGCUGCCAACUAUAUGGUUGGCAUACGCGCGCCCUCGCCGCAUAGUCCGCUGCUGUCGCCUGGACGCGGCAGCACGCCCAAUCGACAGCUGAGUCCACCAGGCAGGCAGCAACCACAACAGCAGCAGCAACAACUGUUGCUUACUUCACCCACUGGCAACAGCAAUAUGAGCAUGAGUCCGCUGCCAAGUCCAACAGCGCGAGCAACAGCAGCAGCAGCAGCAACAACAACAUCACCCACUGCCAGCAGCAGCAUUAAGCUUGCAACUCCCAGCAGCUACUUGCCACGCCAGCAACAGCAGCAGCAAUCAUCGCCUGGCAUACCCAAGUCUGUAAUUGAAACUGGCGCUGGUCCACAGCUAUUGCCCAUGCCCAUGCCGCUGCAGAAGCUGCCGCCAUUGCCGGUGUCGCAUCAUCCGACAAUUAUCAGCAAAGUGGUUACAGUGCAGCCGCAACAGGCGAGCCAAUCCCAAGUGGUGGGCUCCCCACCCAUGGGCAGUCUGCCUCCGCAUAAGUCGCUGCAUCAAAUGCAGCAGCAGCAGCAACAACAACAGCAGCAGCAGCAGCAUUCGCCGCAGUUGUUGUCCAAGCUGAAUGUGCAACAGCAGCAGCAGCAACAUGUGCACAAGUUUAUGCAGCAGCAGCAAAUGCAUAAGCCGCCAACGCAGCAGCAGCGCGCACAGACACAGCAGCAACAUAUGCAAGUGCAACACAUGCAACAACAACAGCAGCAGCAGCAACACUUGCAGCAGCUGCAACAAGCGCCGCUGUCACCGAUGCAACAACAUCAUAUGCAACAGGCCAGACAACAACAGUACCAAGCACAACAGCAACAGCUGCAGCAACAACAUCAGCAACACUUGCAGCAGCAGCAGCAGCAGCAUCAACAACAGCUGCACAUACAAAAGCUGCAGCAGCAAUUGCAUCCAACGCAGCCAUUGACAAUCUAUGCACAACAGCAGCCACUGCAGCAGCGACAGCAGCAGCAACUGAGCUCACCUGGCAGCAAUGCAAGUGCGCACAGUCCGCAGCAACAGCAACAUGCAGCUGCAGUGCUGGUGCGUCCACCACAGCAGCAGCAACAACAACAACAACAACAGCAGCAGCCGCCGCAGCAACAACAACAGCAGCUGAAUGUAAUACAAAGCGCGCCACCAGCACCAAAGAUUAUUGUGCAGCAGCAGAUUGUGCCCGCACCAACAGCUCAGGCAAUGCAUUAUGCAAUGCCCAAGGAGCCAGCGCCAGCAGCACCAAUUGUGGAGCCAACGCCCACGCCCGUGUCUGUAUCCGUCUCUGUGUUGCCGCUGAAGACCUCAGAGAGCGUCUCGGUCAUACGCACGCCCACGCCAACAACCAUCAACUCGCCACUGGUCAUAAAGACAGCAGCAGGCGCUUCAGCCUCGUUGUUAACAGAGGAAAAUGUCAUCAAGAUAUCGCAGCCCAAGCAGGACGAGCUUAUCGAAGACUCCAAGGAAGUGGACAGCGACUAUUGGUCGGCCAAGGAGGUGAACAUUGAUAGUGUAAUCAAGAAACUCGAUCCAGCAACAGCAGCAGCAGCAGCUGCAGUUAAGGAGAACAAGCUGCAGCAGCAGCAGCCAGCGCCGCAACAGCAGCAGCAACCACAGCCGCAGCCAGCAGCAAUGGAGCUGCCAACAGCAGCUGCAGCAGCAGCCGCCGCCAAUGAUCAUGACACGGAAGAUGAAACUGAGACGCGUCAGUUGCCUGUCAAGGGCAUGCCCGGACGUCCGCCUGGCUCACGCGGCACUGCGAAACGUGGACGACAGCCACGUGGCGCCAAGCGACAAACUGCGGGUGUGCCGCUUACGCCAACAGCAGCAGCAGCCGCAACCAGCGAGCAGCAAAUGUUGCUCUCACCCGGCGACAAUGGCGUGCAUACGCGUCUGAGAAAACCCGCGACGGCGCCAGUGACGCGUGGACGCAAGGGACGACCGCCACGCAAUCUGUUGCUGCAACAGCAGCAGCUACAACAGCAACAGCUCGCACAACAGCAGCAGCAGCAGCAGCUGGCACAGCAGCAACAACAACAGGCAGCGCAGCCAGCGCCUGCUGCAGCAAUUGUGUCACUGCCAGUGGCAACAGCUGCUGAGAAAAAGGCUCGCAAUCAAGCCUUGAGCUCCAGCCAGGACGUCUAUGAGUUCCAUGAUGAUGCCAACGAUGCAGAGCCCAAGGUGAAGGUAGCAAUUAACACAGCAGCCACUAGCGAUGAUGCGCGUCCGCGUUUGAUUCUGACCAUAAACAAGCUGAAGAACAUUAGCGAGUUUGAGCAGCAACCAGCAGCAGCCGCAGCAGCAGAGCCAGUGCUGGAUCACAAUACAGACAGCUCGGAGUCGAUGAAUACGCGCAAGUCGCGUCGCCUGCAGGAGAAGGAGGAUCGCAGCACCAUUGACGACAUCAUUGAGGAUGUGGUGCGCAAUACGACGCCAGUGCCCAAGGGCGCGCAAACGCCGCCGCGUCGCUCCGGACGCAAUGCGCAGACCAAGAAAUCGGAUGUGCCAGCAACUAGCAAUGCAGUGGGUCGGCCCAGGCGCUCCAAGGAUCGCAAAACCACCUGUGAGUCGCCAUCAGAGCAAGAGGAGCAGCCAGCAGCAGUUGCAACGCCAACAGCAGCAGCAGCAACAGCUGCUGUGGUAAAUGAGCCACCAGCAGCAAUACAGCAGCAGCAGCAACAACCAGCUGUUGAGGUGAAGGAGUCUAUAGUGGAGCCGCCAAUGCCUGCAGCGCCGCCGCCACUACCCACGCCCGUUGCUGUAGCCGCGCCCGCUCCAUUGCCAUUGCCUCUGCCUCUACCCAUGCCCGCGGCCAUGAGCAAACCCACGCCACAGCAUCCGAAGAAGAAAGCAAUUGCAGCUGCUGAAAUUGAAUCCUAUCAGGCCAUCAAUUCAGCCAUGCAGCCACCAAUGCAUCAAACAGUUGCGCCAGCAGCCACGCAGAAGAUCACCGGAGGUGCUGCCGAUGCUGUCAGCAAAGCGCUCAUCGAUCCAGUCACGGGCAUCAUCACCGCCGGCAUGCCCCAAGUCAAGGAGGGCAAUUUGCCAGCAGCAAAUGCAGCAGCGCCCGCCAACAGCAGCAAUGAGGCGCAUCAACAUCUGCAGCAGCAGCUGCACCAGCAGCAACACCAUCUGCAGCAGCAGCAGCAACAACAACAACAGCAGCACUUACAGCAGCAACAGCUGCAGCUAAGCACGACGGUCAUAGCGCCAACCACGCCCAUUACGGCGCUUAGCAACAAGCCCAUGCCCAUGCAGGUGCAAGAGGCGACGCCCACGCAGCUGCUGAACAAACCGGUGAGUGUGUUGGUCAAGAGCAGCGCCACGCCCACGCAGCCUACGCUCAUCAUACAGCAGCAGCAGCAGCAACAGGCGCCGCCACAGCAGCAGGCGCUGCCGCUGGCGAACAAGCAGCCGCUGGUGCUGCAGGCAAAUCCAUUGCCCAGCGUGUUGCAACACGCGCAGCUCAGCAAUGUGCGACAGCCGCAGCCACUCAAAGCGCAUGUGCUAAAUCGUGAGAAGAAUCUGCAGCAGCAACAACAACAGCAGCAGCAGCAAUUGACGCCCAGCAAGCAGCAACAUAUGCUGCCUGAACAGCAACAACAGCAACAAUUGCUGCAGCAGCAGCAACAACAGCAGCUCAUUUCACGUCACCUGCAGCAGCAACAUUUGCUGGUGAACAUACCGCCGCCAACAGCAGCGCACUCACCGCAUUCACCACGCAUUGGCGCAGUGCAGCAGCAGCAGCCACCAACAGCGCCACAGCAACAGCAACAACAAACGCUGGUCAUAAAGCAAGCAGCAGUGGUAGCACCAACAACAACACAUCCACAAAUAUUGCAUGUGGUGAGCUCCAAGGCCUCAGUGCUGUCGCCGCAACAGCAACCAACACAACAACAACAACAACAGCUGGUUAAGCAAGGCUUUGCUUAUGCGCCACAGCAGCAGCAGCAGCAACCACAGCAGCUGUAUAAGCCGCCACAGAAGAGUUCGCCACCAGUGCAGCUGCCAGCGCAUGGACACAAUCUCAUUGGACUGCCGGCGCAUCAUCCAGCGCUGCUGCUGCAGCAAAAGCCAGCAGCGCAUCUGCAGCCACAGCAACAUCAGCUGACGCCAUCACCGCCGCCGCAUGGCAAAGCCAAUCCCAUGAUGCACACUCUACAGGCGGCUGCGGCGCAGCUAAUGCCAGGCAGCGUGGGCAGUCCGCCGCCCGUUAAGCCAGGCCAGCAAGCAGGUAAGUCUCGACCAGCAGCAGCAGCAGCACUGGAACUAAUUCAUUUCAUUUACCCUACAGUGCUGCGCACCGCCAUACCCAACAUUAGUCCGCAAGCGCAGCCGCGCGUGUCGCCGCUGGUGCUGCCACCCGGAAUGCCGCCCUACGAUGCAAGCCUGCAUGAACUGGGCGCCUAUGUGAGCGGCUGCUGUCAAAGUCCGCCGCCGGCGCAUCAGCAGGCCUCGCCCAUAACUCCGAACGACAGCACGUACCGAGGCGUCGCCGCUAUGAUCUAUCAGCAUCACUUGAUGCGCAGCGACUACGACGACAAGACCAAUGCGCCGCUGGAGCUGCGACGUCCAGGUAGCGGCCCACCACGCAGCAUCACCGUGCCGCACAGUCUGCAAAGUCCGCAAGAUCGCACAGCAGCGGACUCGCCACAGAUGGCCCAAGUCUAUGUGCAUAAUGCGCGCAUUCCACAUGCGCACUUCAGUGAGCUGGAACCGCGUGGCGGCUACUAUGAGGCGCCCGGCAUGCAGCUGGAGCCGCCGCCCGCGCAUCGUGCUGCUGCCAUCAGCGUCGUAGUGCCGCCCUCGGCUGUUGCCAGCGGCAGUUCGUAUCUGGGCGGUGGCGCUGUCUCUGUCUCACUGCAUCCCAGCCAGGCAAAGCUGCUGGAGCGCGCGCAGCUGGAGCGUGAAAACGAACGCCUCAGCUUGGCUGUAGCCGCUGGUGCGUACAACUUGCCACAAGACUGCGCCACAGUCGUCAACAACACUCAAUACUCAACUCCACUUGAACUUACAGCACAGCAACAAGAGCAGCAGCAACAGCAGCAGCAGCAGCAACACACGCCCAAUGUAAUGCAGCAUGGCAUGGAUAUGCCACCAGCUUUGGUGCCGCCACCACCUGGUGACUCGCUGGUAACGCUGCUGCAGCGUUAUCCGGUGAUGUGGCAAGGCCUGCUGGCACUCAAGACAGAUCAGGCCGCAGUGCAAAUGCAUUUCGUGCAUGGCAAUCCGAAUGUGGCGCGUGCCUCGCUGCCCUCGCUGGCGGAGACGGCAACGCCGCUGCUGCGCAUAGCGCAACGCAUGCGUCUGGAGCAGACGCAGCUGGAGGGCGUAGCCAAGAAGAUGCAGGUCGACAAGGAGCACUGCAUGCUGCUGGCCUUGCCUUGUGGUCGCGAUCAUGCGGACGUACUGCAGCAUUCGCGUAAUUUGCAAACCGGCUUCAUCACUUAUCUGCAACAGAAAAUGGCCGCUGGCAUUGUGAAUAUUCCGGUGCCAGGCAGCGAGCAGGCUGCCUAUGUGGUUCACAUAUUCCCGGCCUGUGACUUUGCCAACGAGAAUCUGGAGCGUGCUGCGCCCGAUCUCAAGAAUCGUGUGGCUGAGCUGGCGCAUCUACUGAUCGUCAUAGCCACCGUAUAGCCGGCAAUCUAACUUCAGCUAGAGACCAAUCACUUACCCGCCAGCAACGACAAUUACCGCCACCUGCUAGAACAACAACAACUACUACUACUACAACAAAUGCAACAACAACAACUACAAAUGAAAAAGAAAGUUACGCUC